AUGUUGCUCUCUGCUGUAUUCCUCGCCUUAUUUGCUCCCAGCGUCUGGGCACAAUCCAGCGUCAUUGAUGCAUAUGUAGCCUCUGAAUCGCCCAUCGCCAAAGCAUCCAUGCUCGCCAACAUUGGUCCAUCUGGCAGCAAAUCAUCAGGUGCCUUUUCUGGAAUCGUUAUUGCCUCGCCAUCUACAGAAAAUCCAGACUACCUUUAUACGUGGACAAGAGACUCAGCCUUGACAUUUCAGACCAUCAUCGACCAGUUUACACUCGGUUUUGACACCACGCUUCGAGGAGAGAUCGAUAACUAUGUCGGAGCUCAGGCUAUCGUUCAACAGAUUCCCAAUCCUUCGGGUGAUAUCACUACCGGUGGCCUUGGCGAGCCCAAGUUCUAUGUCAACGAGACUGCGUUCACUGGACCCUGGGGUCGCCCACAGCGAGAUGGUCCUGCCCUUCGUUCUACUGCCCUCAUAACAUGGGCAAACUAUCUUUUAUCUGAAGGCAAUACAUCUUACGUGACGGAUACCUUGUGGCCAAUCAUUGAGAACGAUUUGAACUAUGUAUCUUCCAAUUGGAACCAAAGCACUUAUGAUCUCUGGGAGGAAAUUUAUUCGUCUUCGUUCUUCUCUACUGCCGUCCAACACCGUGCCCUGCGUCAAGGAAUCACGCUCGCUAGAGCCAUUGGUCAAACAUCGCUCGCUUCCAGCUAUGGAAAUCAAGCGGACUUUUUACUUUGUUUCCUCCAGUCUUACUGGAAUCCUACAGGAUACAUGACCGCUAACACGGGAGGUGGACGAUCUGGCAUUGAUGCUAACAGCGUUCUUGCGAGUAUUCACACGUUCGACGCGGCUGCUGGCUGUGACGCCAUCACCUUUCAACCAUGCUCUGACGUUGCGCUCCUGAAUCUCUUUACCUACGUGAACGCCUUCCGGAAUACAUAUGAAAUCAAUUCUGGCAUCUCUACGAAUGAGGCUGUCCUUACCGGACGGUAUCCGGAAGAUGUUUACAUGGGUGGGAAUCCCUGGUAUCUUACCACACUAGCUGUAGCGGAACAACUGUACGACUCUUUAAUCGUUUGGAAUAGUCAAGGAUCGCUCGACGUCACCAACAUCUCUCUUCCCUUCUUCAAGCAGUUUGACUCGACGAUCACUGCAGGCACAUAUACCUCUUCAUCGCCCGAAUUCAGUACCCUUACUGCAGCAGUAAAAACCUUUUCUGACGGUUUUGUCGCGCUCGUGGCCAAAUAUACACCAUCAUCAGGGGGACUGGCCGAGCAAAUCAGCAGGAGCAACGGGGCUCCCGUGAGCGCAGUGGAUCUGACAUGGAGUUAUGCAUCUGCGUUGACGGCGUUUGAUGCUCGAGCGGGUGUCAUCCCUGGUAGUUGGGGUGCACAAGGCCUAUCGCUGAACUGUGGUGGGGGUCCUGUCGCUCAAACGGUGUCUGUGACUUUCAAUGUCGAUGCUUCUACUCUUGAAGGCCAAAAUGUCUAUCUGACUGGCGCAGUUGACGCUCUUGAAGACUGGUCGACUGAUAAUGCUAUCCUUUUGAGCUCCGCAAAUUAUCCCACUUGGAGCGUCACGGUGGAUCUUCCUGGAAGCACCGAUGUUCAAUACAAGUACAUAAAGAAGGAUGGAUCGGGUACUGUCACCUGGGAGUCUGAUCCGAACAUGGAGAUUACAACUCCCGCUAAUGGAACAUACGCUACGAAUGACACUUGGAGGUAG